AUGAAGUUCUCUCCUGUUCUUAUUUCCACUUUAUUGGCCAGUAGCGCCAUAUCCGCUCCUCUCACCGAGAAGCGUCGCGCUCGCAAUGUAGCCCGACUGCUGUCCGACCGCCGCAGCAACCGACCCUUCAAGCCGGACACGCAGGAGGUCUUACAGCUGAACAAGACCUCGCACGAGCAGUACAGCUCCAACUGGGCGGGCGCCGUGCUCAUCGGAUCCGGAUACACCUCCGUGACGGGCGAGUUCGUUGUUCCGAAACCGUCUGUGCCAUCUGGCGGCUCGUCUGGAGGACAAUACUGUGCCUCUGCCUGGGUGGGUAUCGACGGGGAUACCUGCAGCAGUGCGAUCCUGCAGACUGGAAUCGACUUCUGUGCGCAGGGGAGCUCCGUGUCCUUCGAGGCUUGGUAUGAAUGGUACCCGGACUCUUCGUACAAUUUUGACAACUUUGGUGUUUCCGUCGGUGAUAACAUCAGAGUCACUGUGGACGCGAGCAGUAAGACCAGUGGUACUGCUACCGUGGAGAACGUGUCGACCGGACAGAAGGUCAGCCAUACGUUCAAUGGGAAUGUGGCAGGGAAUCUGUGCGAGACUAAUGCCGAGUGGAUUGUCGAGGAUUUCGAAUCCAGCGGGUCGUUGGUACAGUUUGCUGACUUUGGGACCGUCACUUUUACUGGGGCGAAGGCAUCAACCGGGGGGUCGUCGGUUGGUCCCUCAGGCGCAACUAUAAUGGAUAUCAAGCAGAAUAAUCAGGUCUUCACUUCGUCGUCUGUGUCGGGCGAUGAGGUGACUGUUAAGUAUGUUUGA